AAUGUUGUUGGAGCCACGGCGAAUUGUUGGGCGGGUGUUCCCCAUAUUGAGUUGGUCGAGAAGAUAUGAUGUAAGGACUGGAAUUGGGGAUUUGAUCGCUGGUAUAACAGUAGCCCUUACGUUAAUCCCGCAGUCUAUUGCUUACGCUUCUCUUGCAGGAUUCGAACCACAGUACGGUCUCUACGCGUCAUUCGCUGGGGGCUUCGUCUAUGCUGUAAUGGGCACUUGUCCACAAAUAAAUAUCGGACCAACUGCUUUACUCUCACUCCUUACGUUCACAUACACGAAUGGUACAAAUUCUGACUAUGCAGUAUUGCUUUGUUUCAUUGGUGGUAUUAUUCAACUUUUUGCUGGCAUCGUCCAACUUGGUUUCCUCGUAGAGUUUGUAUCAUUACCGGUUGUAUCUGGUUUUACGUCAGCUGCUGCGAUCACUAUAGCGUCCUCUCAGAUCAAAGGUCUCUUAGGUCUUAAAUUUAACGCUGAGACUUUCAUAUCGACAUGGCGUGGAGUGUUCUACAAUAUAGGAAGAACGAGGUUCGAAGAUACUCUACUUGGACUAUCUUGUUGCAUUGUUCUAAUGGGAAUGAAGGCUCUAAAGGAUAUUCGUUUGAAAGAUCCACAAGACGAGAAGAGUGGACGCAUACUUGUACUACAACGCAGCCUUUGGUUCGCGGGCGUUUCGCGAAACGCCAUUAUCGUCGUGAUCGCGUCUGUUGUGGCCUUCUUCGUGCACGAAGACAAAGAUAAUCCUUUGAUACUUACUGGUAAUAUAACGCCGGGAUUGCCGAAACCACAGCUUCCCCCAUUCUACACUAUGAUUGGAAAUACGACAGUUUCCGCGGGUGAGAUGUUCUCACACCUCGGCUCAGGACUUCUGGUGGUCCCUCUCGUUGGUAUCAUAUCAAACGUUGCCAUUGCGAAAGCUUUCUCGAAAGGCAGGACUUUGGACGCCACUCAAGAAAUAGUCUCUUUAGGCGCUUGCAACAUUAUUGGCGCUUUCUUUCGCUCCUUUCCAGUGAACGGUUCGUUCACCAGAAGCGCUGUCAGCGACGCGUCGGGAGUCAAAACCCCUGCUGCUGGAUUUUAUACUGGUAUCAUAGUACUCCUGACGCUGGGCUUGCUGACGCCUUACUUCUACUUCAUCCCUCGCGCGGCGCUGUCUGCCGUUAUCAUGUGCGCCGUACUGCACAUGGUAGACAUCGCUAUACUCAAGAGAUUAUGGCAAAAUAACCGACUCGACCUAAUCCCGUUGUUGGGCACAUUUGUUUCUUGCCUCGCGCUGGGAGUUGAGCUGGGUCUGGGCUGUGGUGUCGCCAUAGACGUCUUGCUGCUACUGUACUAUCAGUCUCGACCGAGGCUGGAUAUAAAAUAUGUGGAUGAAAGUAAUUAUCCUCCACACUAUUCAAUACAACCCAUCGGCGGAUUACACUUCGCGAGCGCUGAAAGACUUCGAUCUAAAAUUGUGUCGUUAAAACACAAUAAUAAUUUAGCAACAUUAAGUGAUCUCACUGUGAUACCGAAUGGGGCUGUAACGAAUGGUGCAUCGGAACACAGGGCUGGAUCAAAUGUACUCGUGGUACAUUGUGAUGCGAUUUGCAGAUUGGACUAUACAUUUCUACAGAGUAUCAAGAUGCUCGUGCAGGAGUGGUCGCGUAAUGGCCGAGUAGUCUGGUGUGACGCAAGCCCCUUGAUCAAGGAGCAACUCAACACAGUCAUUCAAGAGCCCUUAUACUGUGACAGGGAACAACUUGGAUUAUUUUUAAUAGAAAUAACAAUGGCAACGAUAACGGGUACUACCAGUGAUACCAGACUUUAGAGUUGAAUUAAUUUUUCAUGUAAUUACAAUGUCGGUUUACACAUUUUUUUGUUUUUAGUAAUAUUUAAUGUUUGUUUUUUUAAAUAUAUUAAAAAAUAAUCAAACAAGAGAUAAGUUUGAUUA